GUGCACGCGCUCCUGUCCCGCUCCAAACCUGCAAGAGAGCAGUCAGGUCAGGAGCAGCACGAGGCCAACAUGAUGACGCUUGAUACUCAUGUUUAUUUUUAAUCUUUAUUAAUGAUGAUUUUUUACUGGCCUCUGGGCUUUUUCUGAACCUUGGACUCGGAGACAUGGAUACUGUGAGGACGUGGAGUCCGCAGCAAGUAGUGGACUGGAUGAAAGGUCUGGAUGACAACCUGCAGCAGUACCUCCCAUCCUUCAGGUGGCAGCAAGUGGACGGUGAGAAGCUGCUCAAGAUGUCCCACCAAGAACUGCUGUCAGUGGGCGUGGCAAAGGUUGGACACCAGGAGCUGAUGCUGGAAGCUGUGGAUCUGCUGUGUGCACUGAACUACGGUGUGGAGUCGGACCACCUAAAGACUCUGGUGGGCAAGAUGAGGUUGGCCUAUCACAACCUGAGCAGCGCCGUGUCGCAGCGCCGGAAGAAUCCCGCCUACCAAAGCAAAAGUGCCCAUCAGCCAUCUAACGAGUUCCUGAGCGCCGUGGUCGAGCUCAUCGCCGCUGCCAAGAGUUUGCUGGCGUGGCUGGACAGAAGUUUAAUGUCGAGCAUCAGUGACUUCACGUCCACUAAGAGCACAAUCAUUCAUUUGUGUCUGGAACUCACCUCCACCGUCCAGAAGGAUUGCACCGUUUUUGAAAUGGAGGAGAAGAUUCUGGAGGUGUCGCAGGCUCUUAAUGGUCUCUGUGAGAAGACAGGCCAGGUGACCUCUGACCCCUCUAGGAGUGAGCUGGCAUGUAUGGAGGAGGUCCACAUCUCCAACAUCAAGUCUGGGGAGGGGCUGGGCAUUUAUAUCAAGUCCACCUACGACGGCCUUCAUGUCAUCACAGGAACCAUCGAGAAUUCUCCUGCAGAUAAAACCAAGAGGAUUCACGCCGGGGACGAGGUGGUCCAGAUCAAUCAGCAGACAGUGGUGGGCUGGCAGCUGAAGAACCUGGCGGCUAAGUUCAGGGCGGAGUCAGGAAGUGUGGUUUUGUUGCUGAAGAAGAGGCCAUCUGGAAUGGCUGGUGGCUUUGCUCCCGCUCCACUCAGGAACCUAUGCUGGAGACCCCGCCUCGUUCAGGCAGCAGCAGGUUUCUCCACACGUCCACAAACUUCUGACUUCUCUUCAAGCGAUGGCCAGGUAGCCAUCUUGGAUCUGUACAUUCCCUCUCCCCCCGCCGCUCCGUACUCAGCCCUAGAGCCGAGUCAGGGCGUGAAGAUGAGGCCCAGGUCUCCCAACUCGUGUUUGGAUGCAAAACUGCCUGUUAACAGUGGCAACGGGGGGGCAACCUGCGGCACUGCAGAAGUGAACCAGCCAACGGUCCGCCUCAGAGAGUGCACGCGUAAACGCGGUAAAACUCGACCUGUAUCCAUGCCGGUGGAGGUGCUCUCAGGUAUAUCUGACCUGUCUGGCCGCCAUGGCGCUCCAGGAAGGAAAGGACCCAAACUUCUCCACAAGUAUCUCAGCAAUGAGGGCAUCAGCAACAUCAGCGAGGAGGAGCAGUGCUUCCCCCUGCCGUACCGAGGGAACCCGGCGGUCCGCGGCGUGGACCACAUCAGAGGCAGCCAGUGCUUCAUCAGCGCUGACCUGCACAAAAGCGCCACCAUCCCAUACCAGGAAAUGGCACCCAAGAAGAGCGCCACAGCCAACGCGGUGGAUUCUCCUCCUGUUAGCAAACAGUCGCCGUCCAUUCUUGGCGGCUGGCUGGCUCGUCUACGGCUGCUCAGCCACUGACUGACUGUUCAACGGCAUGCUUUGAGUGACAGGUCAUGAAGCUGCGAGGACCAUCCGAACCACAACUCGUCUCGUUUAUCACACAAGUGCUGUAAAGACACUUACAAAUAAACUAUUUAGUGUUAAUGACACAAAAUGUGAAAGCACUUUGUGUUUUUUAAUUAAUUUGAAAUUGAUGUACACAAAUUACCAAGUAAUGUGUUCACUGUCUUAACUUUAAAGUGUUGAUUACUACUAUUAAAAGUUUUGUUAUUGAUGUAAAACUGCUUGCU